AUGCAUACAACACUAGAGAAGCCAAAAUACUUCGUAUAUCUUCCACAUGAAAAUAUUUUGAUGUUUGCCAUAGUUAUAGUCUUUUCCAUAAAGCAUGUUCUCUUAUAUGCAGUGACGAUAAAAUAUUUUAUGGUAAUUAGUCUACUUCCUAGGGAAGUCAUUGAAAGAAUCGCAGCAGGCGAGGUAGUGACAUCUCCUACUGCACUGCUCAAAGAAGUACUGGAGAAUAGCUUGGACAGCUCGGCAACGCACAUCCGGGUUAUUCUAACAGACAAGCUUCUAGACUGCAUAGUUAUAGAAGAUAACGGAAGUGGAAUAGCCAAAGAAGACCUGGCUCUUCUAUGCACACGGCAUGCAACAAGUAAGCUUUCACAGCACAGUGACCUGGAGAAAAUAAAUACACUUGGGUUUAGAGGAGAGGCACUUGCCUCCAUCUCAUUGCUGUCAAAUGUAUCUGUCAGAACCUCCACGCAUGGUGCAACAGGAUACGAAGCCAUAUACAGAAAUGAAGAAGUUGUGCAGCAGAAAGAGAUAGCAUGCAACAAAGGAACAAGGCUAAAAAUAAACAAUCUAUUCUACAAUGCAGCAGAGAAGUACAAGCAAUUUAUAAAUAGCAAGCCAGAGAUUGCGAAAAUAGUAAACCUUAUUACAAAGUAUGCAAUUGCAUACACAGAAGUAUCCUUUGAAAUAGUAAGGUCUGCAGAGAUCAAGAGAUACAACACAGGGAACAGAACAAAGAUAAGUUUGCUAUCAGAGAUAUUUACACAGAAACUAGCAAAUGAGCUGGUUUUCAUCCCAUUUACAAUGCAUCUCAGUGAAAGGCCAGAAAGCAUUCAGUGCACACUGCAUGUAUCGCACUCAAAUCUCUCACUGUCUUCUCCUGUCUUCAUUAUGUUCAUUAAUAGAAGGCUGGUGGAAAUACAGAAAAUAAAGAAAAGAAUCUACGCCAUAUACAAAGAGAUCCUUGUUAAAGGGCACCCAUUCAUUCUGCUAGAGAUAGAGCUGCCGCAAGACAUGAUAGAUGUAAAUGUGCACCCAUCAAAGGUUGAAGUGUACCUGAGAAAGGAAGAAGAAAUUAUAGAAGAACUUGAGAAAAGAAUAAGAGAGGCACUGCAGACAAAAAAGAUGACAGGAGCAACAAAAAUCUCCUAUUCUCAGAUGAGCCCACGGGAAAAAGAAGUAAAGGCCCCACUUCAGACGAAAUACACUAAAGACAAAGAAAUUGCUAUUGCACCCAGCACACCCAGUACUCCAAGCAGCAUAAGACACCUGGAAAUGCCAGGUUCUCAGACACCCUCCAGAAAUACCACCCCAGUUGCAAAAAGAGUUAGAAGGGACAGCAAAAUAAAUCCACUCACUCUAUUCCUUACACCCGACAGAAGUGCACAGAAACCAGAAAUCACAACUGCAGCUGUUGCCAGACAAAGUAUGCCAAUCUUCCCUAGCAUAAUGAGUACUAGCAGUGCACAUAGAAAUGUCAAUAUGCCAAAUAUGGAAGAUAUAUCUAUUAAUCAUGGAUCACCAUCUUCACUAUCUGAUAGUGAAAUUGCCAUCUUAAAGGAUUCCAUUCUUAUAGGCAUGAUAUCCCAGCAGUGGGCAGCCAUUCAGUACUGCACAGACAUAUAUCUACUAAAUAUAAAAUAUCUAAAGAGUGCACAUACUAGUUCACCCUCACAGCAAUCCAUUAGAGGCAUUGCAAAAAUAUUCAGAGAAAUUGAACAAAUACAAAGAGAUAUUUCUCUUAGUGAGACAGAAGCAAAGAGAAGUGCAACAGAUCUACUAGGUGAAAAUAUAAUACAGCCUGCCUCAGAGGCAGAAAUUGAGGCUUCAUCUCCAUUUACUCAGAAUAGAUCCACUCCAAGUUCUGUGAGUAGAAGUGGAUUAAUUCGAUUAACUACUAUGAGUGAGCUGUACCAAUUAUUUGGCAGAUGA